UUGUUAUUUAAAUUGAAUUAUGCAUUUUUUUACUUUUUCAGAAAAUGUUCGCAUUGUGGUAUUUGUCUUUUGCAAUCGAUGAAAUACGAAAACAUUUCGGUUGGUUUUUUGAUAACUUGAAUAUAAAGCUUGGCAAAAAUGCUAUAGAAAAUAAGCCACAACCGCCGCUGCAGCCACAAACACAGCCAAGUGCAACGAAAAAGAUCGCAGAAACUAAACCAGUGGUGCCGGAGCCCAAGCCAGUUAAACCAGAAGUGAAGCCCGCUGCCACCGUCGCUCCCCCAUCAGUUCCGACUCCAUCAAAACCGAUUGAGAAACCCGCACCAGCCACACCACCUUCGACGCCCGCAUCAAGCCCAUCCGUAAAGCCAGCACCAAGUCCUGUUGCUUUGAAAAAAGAAGCAGUGACCGAUGCAUUAGAUAGGAAAUUGCAGGAGGUGAAGAAACCUUUCGAGAAUGGAAAUGAGAAACUUAAGGAUAAUUUGAAGGAUGCCACAACUGGAUUUUUACAAAAGGAGUCACAAAAACCAACAGAAAGGUAGA